AUGAAUCUGAAAAAUGCAGGACAUAUAAGUCAACUACCCGAAUUGUAUCAUUCCAUGACAGUCCAGACGUUUCAACUCAAGGACAACGGAACGUAUUCACCCAAUUAUUUGAAGUUUUAUAGAAAAUGUGUAUCCGACAUUCUAGAGACAGCAAUAGCCAACGGAUAUAUACUCAAUAGCCGCGACUAUAAUUUGCUACUCAAGCUCUAUGGACGAUCACGCGACUGGAAGGCAGUGACAGACUGUUGGAACGAGAUACCUGCUACUGCUGCAACUGAAGAAACCUUCAACAUAUACAUGAGAGCAGCCAUUCAAUGUAGAAAGCCCGAGGAAGUGUUCAAUGUCUACAGUAAAAUGAUGAAAGUGGGUGUGAGGCCAGAUGUGAACACGUACGGCUUGUUGAUUGAGGCUAACGGACGUAUGGGCAAUAUUAAUGAAGCGGAUAAAGUGUUCUUGGAUCACUUUGUGCCUAAGCGAGCCGAUACAAAUAAAAUGUCCUUUAUCUCGAGAUUAUUGAUCAAGGAGCCCAAGAAUCAAUUUCAUACAGCAUCGGCUGCUCCUCUUCUUCUUCACACUAUACCACCUCGUAGUGUCCUCACACCUACUGUCAAUACGUUUGAAGCACUGAUGGAUGCACAUGGCCGAAAUAAUAACAUACCUGGAUUACACCAUAUCUACAAGACAAUGAUGCCUCAGUAUCAUAUUCAGCCCAACUUGAAGAUAUAUGACACACUUAUCAAAUGGUAUUGCCGUCAUGGAGAUACCGAUGCUGCUCAAAAUGUAUUUAUAGAUAUGGAACAAAGAGGAAUCAAGCCUACAGUGACGUUAUUCAACCACUUGUUCAGAUAUGAAGCAUUAAAGAAGAAUAGGCCAAAGGUGGCUGAAGCAUUAAUAGACUACAUGAAGACAAAAUACGGAAUCAAGCCAAUGCCUUCAAUGUAUACAACCUUGAUCAAGAUACACAACAGACAUAAUCGAGAGAAUGAAGCCAGUAGAUUACAUGAGAUUUAUAAACAGUUAAAAUUAAAUAGAGAACAAUAG